GUAUCUUUGCAUUAUAUAACGGACUUGAGGCGACGAUAUGGCGACAUGCGACAUGGAAUGGAGGAUAUUUUGGCGUGAUUUUUAGUAUUAGAAAACUUUUACCUAAAGCAAAAAAUAAACAAGCCGAAUUACGAAAUAAUUUUAUUGCUGGAGCUAUUGGUGGGACAUUUGGAACUAUGAUAAAUACUCCAUUUGAUGUGGUUAAAACACGGAUUCAAAAUGAUACAAAUACGAUAAAAAAAUAUAAUUGGGCUUUACCUUCACUAAAAAUUGUUGCUCAAGAAGAAGGAUUCAAAGCACUUUAUAAAGGAUUUGUUCCCAAAGUUCUUCGACUUGGUCCUGGAGGUGGAAUUCUUUUAGUAGUAUUUGAUCAAGUCACAACAUUAAUGAGAAAACAUUUAGAUAAAUAG